GCGCCGGACUCCUUUGAUCGAGGACACUUCCGCCUCCUUGCCAGACUGCUGUUGGAUUGAGAAAGGACAGCUUCCGUGCCUCAUUUCUUCUUUUAAGACAUCUGUGAAGAACAUCUUCUCCCUGAGCAGCACAAGUGGACCUCAAGGAUGGAGAAGGAUAAGCCCCAGUUCCCCUAUAUCAAAGAGGAAGAGGAGGAGCACCGACAACUAAAAGUGGAAGUGGAGGAGCCACAUUACCCCCACAUUAAAGGGGAAGAAGAGGAGGAGGAGCAAAAGCAACCCUACAUUAAAGAGGAGAAGCCACAUUUCUCUUACAUUAAGGAAGAAAAUGAGUUCCAUUCCCCCCUCACAUUACAGAGGAAGAGCUUUGUUCACAUUAAAGAGGAAGAGGAAGAACACAGCAUCAGUCACGAGGGAGAGCAUUGUGAAGGACUGGAGGAGGUUGAUGUCACCAAGAUGCCAUUGACUGGUGUGAUUGUGAAGAUUGAAGAUGAGGUCAAAGGUGAGGACAAGAGAGAGGUGGAGCCUCCAAGCAGCAGCUCAAGUCAACACAUGACAGCAGAAGCUGAUGGAGACCACUGUGGGGGAUCACAAGCAGACAAGCUCUUCGCUCCACUAUCAGAUAGUGACGACACAACGGAACACUCUUCCGAUUCUGGUGAUGAAGACUCUAAAGCAGAUAAGACAUGUCACACUGACAACACACACUUGACAUGUUCUCACUGUGACACGACAUUCAAAAGCCCAAGUCAUCUGAAAAUACACAUGAGAAUUCACACUGGUGAAAAACCUUUUUCCUGUUCAAUCUGCGGUAAAGAUUUUACUCGACGGUAUCAAUUGAAAACACACAUGAGAACACACACCGGAGAAAAACCUUUUUUCUGCUCAGAAUGUGGUAAAGCUUUUGCGCAUAAUAGUGUGCUGAAAACACACAUGAGAAAACACACUGGAGAAAAACCUUUUUCCUGUUCAAUCUGUGGUAAAGAUUUUACUCGAAGAUACCAUUUGAAACUACACAUGACAGCACACACCGGAGAAAAACCUUUCUACUGUUCUGAAUGUGGGAAAGGUUUUACACUUAAAAGUGUGCUCAAGGGACACAUGAGAAUACACACUGGAGAAAAACCUUUUUCUUGUUCAACCUGCGGUAAAGAUUUUACUGAAAGACACCAUUUGAAAAAACACUUGAGGAUACACACUGGAGAAAAACCUUUUUCCUGCUCAGAAUGCGGGCGAGAUUUUGAAAAAAAAAAUGCGCUAAAAGAACACAUGAAAAUACACACUGGGGAAAAACCUUUUUCUUGUCCGAUUUGUAGUAAACGUUUUAUACGAACUGGUGGUUUGCAAAUACACAUGAGAACACACACUGGAGAAAAACCUUUUACUUGUUUAACUUGUCGUGAAGGUUUUGUACAAAGUCAAUCUUUGAUAGCGCACAUGAGAACACACUGGUGAAAAACAUAUCCCCGUAUGAACUGCAACAACAGCUUUUGUGAACAAAGAGACUCUGUAGUACACAUUGGUGUGGAGGUGCAGUGUGUGUGGUGAAAGCUUCUCUUCUAAGUACCAGUGUGAGAAACACAAGUGUGCUGGUGAGAACAGCAGCAGCAAAUGAAGCUGCACGUUUUGAAAUCAAGACUUUAACAAUGACUUUCUAACAACAUCAGCACAUAUAACAUGUGUGACAUCAUUGUCGUGUAACAACCUUGUUAAUAUGCUUCUAACAUUUAUAGAUUACAUGGGUGUAACGAUUCGUUUCAACAACGAUUCCAAUUAUUUUUUUCCAGAACGAUUUGAUCCUAUACUAUGAAGUGAGUUGAUAUUGAUCUGUCACUUUUUAUCCAAACAAUUCAAGCUGUGUGAGUGUGAAAUAAAUACUAGAUACUGAAAAGUGCAGGUGAAUUUUCCUAUAGCUGGGAAUUAUGUAUAAAUGAAUAAUGGGUUUAAACAAUCAAGUAAAGGACUAACCAAUUAAGGCAUUCACAUCUUGUUU